CGCAGUGUCGUUCGUGUCAGCGAAAAUUAGUUUUCGCGAAGUCGUACAGGUUAACCAUAAAAAAAAAAAAAAAAUCGACGGGACAGUUUUGGAAAAAAUGCCAGCGGACGCGGAACUGAGUAAUCUGCUUAGCAGGCGGCAACGAAUCAACGAGGAGCUCGAAGAAGGGAAAGAAGUGAAAAAACAGUACAAAUUCGUGAACGUUUACACGGAGUUCCACGAGUUAUCCCGCCGCGAGAUCAAGCAGUACGAGCAAACCUUCAACAGGUUCGACGACGGUCACGAUGGGUACCUCGACCUCUCCGAAUUGAAACGCAUGAUGGAGGUUUUAGGUGCACCGCAGACUCACCUGGGUUUGAAGGCAAUGAUACAGGAAGUGGACGAGGAUGGCGACGGACGCAUUUCCUUCCGCGAGUUUCUACUGAUCUACCGCAAGGCGCGUGCUGGCGAGUUAGAACAGGACUCUGGGUUGAGCCAGCUAGCUCGGCUAACAGAAGUAGACGUAGACGAGGUGGGAGUUACGGGCGCCAAAAACUUCUUCGAAGCUAAGAUAGAGGAGCUACGUAAAACGAGCAAAUUCGAAGACGAAAUCCGCAUGGAGCAGGAGGAACGGAAGCGAGAGGAGGAGGAAAAAGCGGCGAGGCGAGCGCAAUUUAGGCAGAAAGCUGCAUUGUUUGGCAACUGAAAGGAAAAAUCGCGAAUCGAAAGUGCCGAGCGUCUUGUGCGCCUUAAUGGAAUUACGAAAGAUUGCCUUGAUUCGAUUCACUGAUUUCACGAGGGAUUAUUUGUCAAUCUGAAUGUCGCGUAGAUCAACUAGCGUUGAAUAGUUGAUUCGAAGUAUUCUUUAGAGAAAUUUAUCCACAGCCUACAUAGAAUAGCCUAUUUUAUAUGUUAAAAAGUCGAACUCCACGUUUUUAAAUGUUUAAACGACUGUACUUUUACAGAGCAUGCGGCAUAUAUUUUUAAUUGUUAAAGGAAUAACCGACGUUGGAGAUAGGUACUUUACGGAAUCGUUUUCUUUUUUUAUACUUUCAUAAGUAUUGUUCGAUACUAGAUUUGGGAUACUUGUAACAAACGAUAAAUGAGUUUUAACAAACACACGACUGAUAUUCGUAUAAGUACAAUUAAACGUAAUUUGUAUAUGUAUGUAUAUUAUUUUAUACGAUAAUUUCAAUUUAGAAUGUACAGAUUGUCGCCACCCCUUUAGAAACAAACAUUUCGCAACAUAGUUUCGAUCCAGAAAUUUUGAUGGGUAUUUUCUUAUCUACGUCGGAGUAUCGUGUAUCUUUUCAAACAUUUAGUAUUAUUGCGAUACGACAUCGAAAGAAAGUGGAAAAAAGAAGUAUUCGCUUAAAGUAGAUACAACAGCUUUCUAUUAAAUUAUAAAGCAAUUUUAAAUUAUUUUUAUAAACAUUUUUAUAGAUGUGCUUUAUGCUGAAGUUACGAAGACCUACGCGUCGUUGUUGCGAAUUGUAUAUACGUAAUAUAAAGAGUCAUAGAUGUAUCUUCUAGAUACGCUUGUAAAAUUAUAGAUUGUAAAUAAAUUUUCUGUACUGGAA